CCUAGUUCAACACAUUAAACCUUGCUUUUAGAAAUGGUAGAGAGUAAAAUUUUUGUUUGAAAGUUCUGAACUUUGAGUCUUUGAAAUGUUUAAAAUUUAAGACUUUGAAAUUUCAGAAUUAUUGUAUUUGGGACUUAAAAAUUUUUAAAUAUUGAGUCUUUAAAAAGUUCCAAGCUUUGAAAUUCCAUAGUCUGAACAUUUUAAAGUAUGAUCCAUAAUGUCCAUGAAAAGUUUCUGUAGUACCCCUCCCUUUUAUCUUGUUCGAUAUCUAACCCAGCCCUGAUAAUUGCCCUACAAUGACGUUGAGGACGAUCUUGAGUAAAAGUAGAAAGGACACGCGAAGGCUGGGCCUUGCGGAGGACCGGUCCAUAAUGCAGUGAUUCGAGGGGUGUAUGCGAUUAAAGAGUCGAGGUCGAAGCGAAAAAAAAGUGGGUCGACCGCAGGACAAUAAACUGUAUAGGCAUUGUUGGAAAAGCACGUGGUGGUGACUACCACGAGAUGCCAGUGCGUCAGUUGUGUUCUCCUAUCGAUCUUGUAAGUUUCCAUUCGGUGGCGACCUCCUCUGCGUGCGCACCUUUUUCAUCUCAGUUAUUUACCAAGCACCCUACGACAGAGUCAGGAGAACCUUGGAGAACGUGUAAAUGGUGAGAAGGAAGUCGAUCGGCAGGUAACGAGAAAUUCGUUAGGGGGUGGCCAGGUCGAUGGUAAGCAAAUUGCCGCAAGGUUUCCAACUGGGCAGCGGGUAAGGGCAACAGGAGGGGGCGAGAGCGGCGUCGAACCAGCACGAAGGGUGUACCCACAGGCAGCUAGGUAGAUAGACAUCGUCCGGAAGUCCGAGAGGGUAUCUUCUUCAGGGUGCUAGUGUACGAGAGGUGGUUGCGAAACGUGCGGGAUACAGUUUGCCGAGGGAAGCAAACGGAGAACGUGAAAGCAACGUAACUCCAAUGUAUUACGGUCCUCCUUGCACAAACGAAGCCACGGAAAUAUGUCGUUACCACGAGAAUGGAGCUUGCAGGAUUCGAUUGAGCGUGAUGCUGUCGCCUGUGCGACAGCGUCGCAGGAGAUGGUCGGCACGACCGUCAUCGACGAGAAUAUGAAUCAACAGAAUCAGCUGGGCUCCCUAUUGUCGAUACACUCGGCUCCCGUCUUCGAUUUGAGCAAUGGCGUGCCGUCGCCGAAGAGGCCAGCUUCCUUGGCCGUGCAGGCGACGGCGACCUCCACGCCGAUCGUGCCACCUCACCUUCAGAGUCCCGAAACGAUCGAGGACGAGGACAACGACAAUCUAUUGACGAUAUCGAGUCUCACGGCUAGGCCGUUGAUAGCCAAGUCUAGGGAACUUCGCUCGACCAAAAGCUCCGUGUCGAAGAAGAAGAAACCGAAGAAAACCGAGACGAAGAAGCCGAGGAACAUCACUUAUGUUCCUUUGGACGGCGGUUACGGGUGGGUCAUCGUCUUCGGAGCGUUUUUCGUGCAAUUCUGGGUGGCUGGUCUGGUGAAAUCUUACGGGGUGUUGUACGUUGAGGUGAUGGAAACGUUCAAGGACUCAUCGGCGUCGGUUGCUUCCUGGAUACCGGCUAUUUUGUCCUGUCUUUGUCUCGCGCUUGCUCCAGUGACGAGUAUGCUGUGCCAGAAAUACAGCUGUCGAACGGUCGUUUUCAUCGGGGGACUGUUCUGUGCUUUAGGACUAACUAUAAGUUACUUUGCCACGAGCUUGAUACACCUCUUUUUUACAUUUGGAGUUUUAACAGGUAUCGGCGGUGGAUUAUCAACGACGCCAGGCAUCAUCCUCGUCUCCCAGUACUUCGAUAAGCAUCGUGCCCUGGCGAACGGGAUCUGCGUGUCUGGCACAGCGGCGGGCAGCUUCGUGUUCCCGCUUCUGAUCGAAACCCUGGUGAAGAAUUUCGGCUUCCACGGCACCAUUCUCCUACUGGGUGGUUGUAUGCUCCACGUGUGCGUGAGCGCUACCCUGUACCGACCACUGGAGAAUAAUUACGCGCCGGAAGACACGAUCGUGGUGGAUAAAUUGGAAAAGGUCGAGACCACGGCAAAGGAAUUAGAAACGGCGAAACAGCAGAAGUUAGACGUAAUAUUUGCCAACGACUCGACUACCAAGCAUAAUCUGUUGAACGAAUUAUUUCAUCAGAACAGUGUAGUGGCCGUCGAGCUGACUGACAGCGAGGAAGAGAAGGACGUGAUGGGUGAGGGCCUUAGGAUGAAACCGAUCUCGAAGAUCCGUAGCUCGAGUAUACUCCACAGCGUCGAGGAUCUGUCGACCGACUCCACGUGCGUAUACAAGGCCAGGUCAUCGUUGAGAUCCCUGAGAUCAUCGGUCACCGCCGUAUGUCCAGUUCCUCAGAACGAACCACAAGUGCCGGAGGAAAAGAAGACUGUCAUGCAAAGGAUAGCGCAAUAUAUUGAUCUGUCGCUAUUGAAAAAUCCUCAGUUCAUCAUGAUGUGCUUCUCCGUCAGCCUCAUGUCGACCGGAAGCCCGUACAUGUUGUACUAUCUUCCAGCAUACGUUCACGCGGCUGGAUACACGAAGUCGGAAGCUGGGUACUUAGUGGCGAUUUCCGCCGCGCUGGAUUUGUGCGGGAGAUUAGGACUUGGCUGGCUUUCGGACUUGCAGUUGUUCGAUCGUCGGAAAGGAUACAUUGGAAGUGUCGUGGGUGCUGGUGUAGCAGUAUUGGCAAUUCCAAUGGCCCAUUCUUUCUAUGUACUGGCAUGUUCGGUCGGCAUGUACGGAUUAUGUCUGGGCUGUUGGUUUCUCUUGGUACCCGUCCUUCUCGCAGACCAAUACGGAACUGAUAAAAUAUCCUCUACUUACGGUCUUGUUAGGAUGUUCCAGAGUGUCGGAGCAAUUUCUAUUCCGCCUUUAGCAGGUUACCUGCGCGAUGUAACCGGCAGUUAUAAUGUAUGUUUUCUCUGUAUGGGAACGUGCAUGGUGAUGGGAGGACUACCUUUGCUCCUGGUUUUUAACGAAGUAACGAAGUCAUCGAAGAUGACUGUUAACGCUGAGAACAGUAAUUGUCAAGGAGAGACGACUGUGAAAGAAUAAGAUAUUUUGCGAAUGUGAUUGAAUGUGUAAUAGAAAACUAAUAAAUCGCAACAUUUGUCGCUACAAUUAUUCCACUAUGAUGUAUUGCUUGGUUCAAUGUAUUCGUAACGUUUUACGAUAAAUACCUCAUUCGCGGCAGGUAAGGGUGAUUUCCAUAAAUUUUUAUAAAUGCAAGUCUCUCUCGUUUUAUUGGUAAAUAGAUCUUCUCAUUUACACCGUUUACAAUUAAGUGAAAACGAACGAUGUAGGGCAAAUAUUGUUACGCAUAUAUAC